AUUGAUGCGAAGAACCCCAAAAAUAAUAAAAUGAAAAAUCGAAAUCAGUGAUCGAUAUUUUCGCCGGUGAAAUCUGGAGAUUGAUUGAGAGAAUUACAACUAAAACAGUGGUUCCUGUCCGUCGUCUGUGAUCGUUGAUCUCUGUUUCCCGUAACUUUGUUGACUGGAAAGUGGAAACUAUUCUAGGGUUCUUCUUAUUUGAUGAAGAACUCAACAAGUGAUACUUGACCACAGAAUCUCCCAUCAGAUUAUGUUUCCUAUUCCUUGUACGUAAUCAGACAAAGGAACCCUUUUGAUCGGAUAAGAGAGAGGUUAGAUCUUCACCCAAUCUUGGAACUCAAGAUCCCAUCAUUUUGUUUGAUUUUAUCUCCUUUUCUUCUCGCUGUGUGACUGUGAACAAGGAUUGGCCCCUAAUAUAUAACAAGUUCGACUUGAAGCUGCUGCUGCUGCUGCUGUCUUCCUUUGUUUCUUCUGUCCACUGCAACAACCUCAAAACUUGUUAUUUUUUCUUCUCUGAAGCUUCUUCCUUUGUGGUUUUGAGGCAAAUGGUUUCGCUCCUACUGUGAAUUCCUUGGAAAUCACAACUGUGUUGUUAAGGGUUUUGUUAUAUAUUUAGGGACAAAAGAUGCAUGCUAGGCAACGUAAUCUUGGGAAUGGGUACAGAUCUGGUUCUAUUGGAAUGGGCAUGUCUGCUUCUAGAAUUUCCCCUGACCGUCCGAUGAGAGGACAUGGCUUCUAUGGUUCUGACCAUCAACACCGUGGGUUUAACCGUGGAUACGGGCGAGGAAGGGGACGCUCUAAAUCAUACCAUAAUCAGCUGCCUCCCCCUCUGCCUCCUCCACCUGUGCAACGAAGAAGUGGUGGUGGCGGCGGUGAUGUUUUCAUGGAGGCUGGUCGUUUAGCAACAGAGUACUUGGUUUCUCAGGGUGUUUUGCCACAAACUGUGCUUUCCGGUAAAUGGCAGAAUGGUAACUUCAGGAAGCAGGCUGGAGAGUUUCAGAGUUCCAGGUCACAAGAAGCAGCUCGAAUGGAUGCUUCAGCUCCAACCUCAGAUAAAAGGAGGUAUAUUGAUGGCUACAGCUCAGCUGGCUCCAGGAAUAGUUUGAAAGGAAGGAGGUCUAACCGUUACGAUUCCGAUUUUGGGAGGAGCGGAUCUUGGUCAGAGAGAAGUAAAGCUUUUGAGGCAGAUACUGGUGAUAACUCUGUGUCUGGUCAUCAAGAAGAGCAGCCACUUGCCGAAGAUAUUGCUAGUUCGGUUCAGCGGUCAGCCUCCGGUGAGUUCAUGAGAAAGCGUGAAGGCGCAGGUGACUCCGAGUCUGUGCUGGACAAAUACAAUCUCCAGGAUGAGGCACAGUCUAAGACAGGUUCCUCUAGUGCCGGGAAAGAUAUAGUACACGAUUGUGAAAUCUCAAAAGUAUCCGAAGGUUCUUCUAGCAUGAGUGCUGGAUCGGGAGAAAUGAAAGGUAGGUCUGCUGGUAAUAAUGGAGAGAAUGAGAACCAUACUGCUAUCGAAGAUGGAUCUAUCCAUCAGCGUUGUGAAGAUGCAUCUAUUGAUCAACGCUGUGGAGCUGAUGAAUCAUUUACCAAGAGUGACGUUGAUUUGGCAGCGCUGUGUAAAUUUGAGAAGGUGCCUACGAGGACACGCUCUUCUCUGACUGCGAAAGGCCCAAAGCUUUAUUUGAGUCAAAAUAUCAAGGAAACCACUCAUAAUUCUGGACUCCUAGAAGAAAAUCAAACCAAAAAUCGAUGUGAGACUCAAGACCUAUCAUCUGGAAAAGCCGAUAGUACUGGUGAUGAUAACAUCAAUGACCGAGUUGAAGAUUUGGCUCUUGUUCAAUUUGUUGAGAACAGUAAAUGUCAUAGGUCUAAUUCUUUCCCCAAUAGCAGUCUCAGGGAUAAUAUUGAGAAAGAUUCAGGAUUAGAAUUGCCUAAUCUGCACAGAUCACAUUCGGUGGGGAAAGUAGGUGAGAAACGGGAUGCUGAAGACAGUGAAUUGGAGGAGACAGCAAAAAGACAGAGAGAUUGGGUGCCUUUGCCAGUUUCUGAAGCCAAUGAACGUUUCAACGUAUUUAAAACAAGUGAAACCCAAUGCAAAUCUGAAGAAGAAGAACAGAUAAGCACGUUCAACAAAAGACUGAUCGAUGCUGCGAAAAGGGUCAGCAAUAGGACACACACGGGCAAAACAGGUCCUGGGUAUGCUGAAGAACAUCAGCUGUUUCCUGCUUCGUUUAAGAUCUGUGACCUAAAUCUAGGGGGAGCGUCAGAUGUGAAUGAUGGCAAAAGGGAAUCUGGUAAAGCUGUUGAUUUUGAUCUCUCAAUCAGCAAUUCUAGUAAGUCUCUUGAGUUCAGUACCAAUACUCGGAUGAGCAAUGGAAAAGAGAUAGAAGUGAUUGAUUUGGAUGAUGAUUCCCCAGAAGUGGUAAAGUCCAGCAAUGAUCCAGGAAGAAAGCAAGAAGCUGCUCCAUAUAUGGGCAUCAAUGAUGUUCCAGACUACAAUGAAGGGCUCAUGAUGGUAGAGUUUCUUGAUUCCUUUGGAAACAUUCCUCCAAUAAACCCGGGUACCAGUAGUGUGCCACAGAAUAACAAUGCAGUUGGCCUUCAAGAUCGAGAGGGGGCUAUUGGGAAUGACCAAGUACCAAGUAACACAGACGAUGAUUCGAUAUUCAUGUCGCUGGGCGAAAUACCACUGACAUUCUUGCAAGCUUGGGACCAACCUCCAGCUCGAGGCUAUGAGAAGCCUUUCUGAUUCGCCUUAUACUGUAUUAAAUUUCUCUCUCUAUCUCAGUGUAAUGAGUGUGUAGCCAUCUCGAUUGCGCUAAUCAUCUCGGAUGUAAGAUUAUGACUUAUGGUCUUUUAUGAUCGUAACCUUGUAAUUUCUGUGUUUAUUCUCCACUCCAGUGUCCCAUGUUUUAGGUUAGUUGAGAGGUUUCAUUCAACUUUACAUCACUGUUCCAACAAUUUCUCUGACUUGUAAGAUAAACAAAGCCCCAAGGCAUUAUGAAAUUAUAUUUGUAGGAAACGGUAUACUGUA